AUGUGGGCACGUGUGUGCCACUCCCCUUCCGCGUCACUGGUGGCCAGCCGACUGUGGGGUAAAGAGUGGUCGUACACGCGCGCUUGAUCGCGAAUCUAAUAUUACUUUAUAUUCACAAGAAACUUUGGUGCACAACCGAUGUGGGACUAAACCCGCAUCACCUUCCCUAGAAAGGGGGGGCAUCUGGUGCGGGUUCGAAUCCUCCCAAAGCCAAAACUCAUAUUUUUAUUUGAUUAUCGCGACUUUCCUGCAGAUCGCCGGUGAAGGAUUAAGCAACUAGAAUCGCUGGAUCAUCGGCGAAAAUCUCGUCAACGCGAUUCGCGGAGCAUUGUUACUAAAAUUGCUGAAGGAUUUGCGAUAAAAGGAUCGCAAAUUCAUCGAGUAAAUCAUCUCCGAUUGAUCGACGAACAAGCCGUCGUCGGGAAGAGGACGAUCCACCGGGAGACGAGUCGCCACCUCCUGAGAGCGUACCAGAUGCGAUGAAGAGCCUCCUCUUGCUGCGCGGACCUGAGGAUGAAGCUCCCUGA